CUUACAGGCCAAAACUGGAAAUGAUGAAGAUUUUUCUGGUCAUUGCAUUGGUGGUGUGUACAGGUUGCCAAGCCAACCUAUUCUAUGCAGAUGAGCCUAAGCCACAGCUGCAGCAACUGACUGAUGCAUUCAGGAGCUAUUUUGAACGAGCCAAGAUUAGAACUUCCCAACAUGGGCAAGAAAUCAACCAGUACACCACAAACCUGAAGGAACAGAUGGAUCCUCUGGCUAAAGAUCUGAUGACCAAAAUCACCAAAGGUGUUGACGUGCUGAGGAAGCGUAUAGAGGAGGAAGUGAGCACUGUGAGGUGUGCACUGAAGCCCUACAUUGAAUAUGUCACCAGUCCAUUUGAGAAGGGUGUGGAUUACAUAAGAGAAUCCCUGGAUUUUGAGGACCUGAAGGCCACUGUGCUACAGAAGAGUGAGGAGCUGAGAGAGAGCCUGGAGCAGGGCGUGAAGGAGCUGCAGGCUAAGCUGGAGCCCCCUACCUGAGGGAAACACUGGAUCCCUAAACCAUUGAGCUAGCCCUACCAAGACCACCUAAAUGACAACCUAAAUAUUCUGAUAAUUUGAGUUUUAUUAUUAACAUGACUGUUUUUCUAUAAAAUAACAUUUUGAUUCCAAAAUCAAAGAUAGAACGGUCAUGCUUUUCAUCCAACACAAAGCACUCAAACAGGCCAAAAUGUACAGGUUUCCUCUAAAAAAA